UGGUUCACUCAUACUCAAUGGGAAAUUCAGUUCUCGUUGUGCACUGGUGGUGUAUAUAAUUGUACUGCAAUUCUAUACAUCUUUGAACUGUCAUCCUUAUUACAAUUCUGGCAUUCUAGACAAUGUGUUUCAUGUUGGCCUUUGUUCCCCCCCCGCUUCUCCUGCAGGACAAACACCAGCUGAUGCUCACUCUGCAGCAGGAAGCAAGUCAGUGCCAGUGGCUAGUUUUGUGGCUGGACUGUGACCGUGAAGGAGAAAACAUCGCAUUUGAGGUUAUUGAUGUCUGCAGAGGGACCAAUCCGCGACUCAAUGUCCUCCGUGCACAUUUCUCGGCGCUUGUGGAGAGAGAUAUUCACCAUGCAGCGCAAAACCUCCAACAGCCAAAUCAGCGAUUCGCAGAUGCAGUGGAUGCUCGACAGGAAAUUGACCUUCGGAUUGGGGCAUCCUUCACACGCUUUCAGACCCUUCUGCUACGAGAUCGUUUUGUCAUGCCCUUGGGUGAAUCAGAGAGGGCUGGAGUUAUUAGUUAUGGGCCUUGCCAGGAGUGUCAUGUCAGCAGCAGUGCCACGACAGUAGCAGUGCCACGACAGCAGCAGUACCAACGUCCGCAGUGCCCCGCCACCAGGACGGGUUCAUCAUUGGGCAUGACAGGCCAACUGGCCGGCUCGUCCAUUUACGAGUACCAUCAGCGGUUUCUAGCUCAGCUCGCACUGGUGGAGGCUGACGUACAGCGCCAGGCGGCAGCUGAGGCUGCCCACCUACAGGCUGAAGCAGAGGCAGCAGCUGAAAAGCAGCGACUGCAGGCCGAAGCAGAAGCAGAUGCCCAGGCCCUCCGCAGGGAGGCCCAAGAGCUGCUGCAGCGGCACGAAGCCACCAGCAUCGACAAGCUCAAGUUCUGGCAUUUUGAACCAACCGCCGGCCACGACAACGCAACACCGGAAGAGCAGCACAAGGAGUUUUUCUCCAAACUCGUGGCACGGUUGGUUUACACUUGUAACCACCAACAGUCCGAGUUAGAGAAACAACACCAGGAACUGGCGAAACAGCACCAGGAAUUGGUGAAUCUCCGACGGGCAAUGCAGAGCCACAAGGAUCUGCACGAGGAUGCUACACGGGCACUUCAUUCCCAUGUACAGGACUUGGAGCAGGCCGCACCAAGACCAGAUGCUGGCGACUUCGCCGCCAUCUAUCGCCGGGAUUCGACGUCAUGGUCAAAACUUGAAGAGCUCGACCCGUUGACGUUUGCGGACUUCCAAUGGAUGCCCCUUCCCCCGUCCGCUCGAUUGCCGAAACCACAUUGCAACGUGCUCAAGGCACAAUUGCGGGAUUACUUGCACACUGCAGUACCAGCUCCAUUGAUGGACGUAGAGGUUGUUGACCUUCACGACUACAUUGCGAAGAUCGACCGCGAGUUCAAGACACAACGGUACGUCGACAUAGAUGCACCAUUGUUGUACAUACGCAUUCAGAUCGGAGAGGCGACCUGUCGCGCUUUGAUCGAUUACGGAGCUACUCGCAAUUAUAUCAGCCAAGACUUUAUGAUACGCGCUGACCUUGGGCCACGCAUUCGGAGGAAGUCACAGCCCACGCAAGUCACGUUGGCCGAAAGUCAAACGCACAAGUCAAUCGACCGAUGCAUUGAUUCCGUCCCCGUGUACUUCGCCCCGCAUGCAAGCGAGGCCGUGUCCUUCGACAUUUUGGACACUCAAUUCGACAUGAUCUUGGGCAUGUCAUGGCUGCGAAGCGAGGAUCACCCGGUGAACUUCUACCGCCGCACCGUUCACGUUUGUGAUCGGAACGCAGUACUAGUCCCAUGCACGGUGGCUCCUCCUCACCCUCCGAUCAGCUGCCACGUGGUGUCCGCCGCAAGCAUUCGAGCUUCCAUCACCAGGGAUGGCAUCGAGGAGAUGGGGGUGUGUUUUCUCCACGCCCUCCCGCCCCAUGACAUUCUAUCGAUGGACUCAUCACUGGACCCACGCAUCAUCGAGCUUCUCGACGCCUACGGCGACGUGUUCGAAGCCCCGCAUGGAGUAGUACCGGAUCAGCCCAUCCUCCACGAGAUCAGCCUCGAGGAGGUUGUCGUACCUCCGCGUGGUUGCAUCUACCCCAUGAGCGAGGAAGAGUUAAGUGUGCUACGGGCACAACUCGACGACGUUCUCGAGAAAGGCAUGAUUCGGCCUAGCUCUUCGCCAUACGGUGCUCCCGUUCUCUUCGUCAGGAAGAAGAACAAGGAUUUGUGGUUGUGUAUCGAUUAUCCCAAGCUCAACGUGCAAACCGUCAAGAACGUCGGCCCUCUUCCACGCAUCGACGACCUCCUCGAACGCCGGAGUUUGGACGAGCAUGUGGAGCACAUGCGCACCGUUUUGGAGCGGCUACGACAAGCCAAGUACAAAGCCAACCACGACAAAUGCGAAUUCGCGCGGCAAGAGCUGGAGUACUUGGGACAUUAUGUGACGCCGCAAGGCAUCCGUCCGCUUGCGGACAAGAUCGAGGCCAUCCCUCUCUUGGAACAACACAACGGCGACGACUGGCACCCCGUGGAGUAUUUCGGCCACAAAGUGCCUCCCAUCAAUUCACUUGAUGAUGCAAGGAAGAAGGGGCUGCUCGCGUUCGUGAUGGCUCUCAAGCGAUGGCGGCACUUCCUCCUUGAGCGUCGUAGGUUCACAUGGGUCACUGACAACAACCCAUUGACCUACUACAAGACGCAUGAUACGGUGAGCAGCACGAUCGGACGAUGGAUGUACUUCAUUGACCAAUUUGACUUCAAACCGAAACAUCUCGCCGGCCUCUCCAAUCGCACAGCAGAUGCACUCUCGCGAAGACCUGAUCUUUGUGCUAUGACACAUCAUGCCUUCGCGUUCGACAAGGAACUCCAGCGACACUUCAUCGGGGCUAUGAGUCCGAUCCGGAUUUCGCCAUGUUGUAUGCGCAGCUAUCUUCGGAUCACCCACCGGCCAGCCACUAUCGCGUCGUCGAAGGGUACUUGCUCCUCCACUCGCGAGGCAAGGACUUAUUGUGUGUCCCACGAGACCGUCGUUUUCGGACUCGCCUUCUCGGCGAGUACCAUGACUCGCGACUCGCUGGCCAUUUCGGAGUCAAUCGCACUAUUGCACGACUUCGACAACGAUUUCGAUGGCCCGACCUCAUUACCGAUGUCACUCGGUAUUGUGACUCUUGCAAAGUUUGCCGACGAAGCAAGCCCCGCAACCGCAAUCCCUACGACGAGUUGCGCCCGAUGCCUAUCCCACGGGAACCCGACCUCUCCAUUACCAUGGACGUCACCGUUCCCAACCCUGGGUUUUGUGGUCGAAAGGUAUUGGCAGAUUCUUGCACAUGUGGAAGAGAGCUUUUGGACAAUUUACUGUCGAUAUGUAUCAGAGGACAACGUCAGUGCAGAGUUCCAAUGGGAGCGUGGGAGACUCUUUGAUCACAUGGCAGCUGCAGUCAUCUAUGAAAUGUGCCAAGAAAAUCCCCUAGCCACUGUUUGCGAGGUCACUGGACGGGAAAAGAGAAAAUUUCCACCAUUUCCACUGAAUACGGUUGAACUCCAGAAACGGGCAUCGAAAUGGCUCCGGAUGGGCUCUGAGCAUGUGAUGAAGGUACGGAUUUUUCUGACACAGUCUCAAAGCUGAAAGGAUUUCACGUUCCUUCCUUGCCGUGAUUUGGUCUGCGGACCUGUCUCUGUUGUUGUUGCCUGUUGUGCUGUAUCGUAUAACUGAGUGUUGCUACUGAAGUCUGAACCCGGAACCUCGAUGUCGACUUACCUAUGUCCGUACCUGUUGACGUACCGUGUGCUUGUGCACGUUGACUGUUCCUGUGGAGUUUUGAAACUGAGACCUGUUCUUGUGUGUGUGUAAAGUCAAUGUUUGGUACCAUUUGUGCGGUAAGUGUGCCUCCAGCAAGUGUCCAGAGGGUUCCAGGGGCAACGUGGGAAGUGCCCCGAGGAAACAAAACUACAGAAUUCAAUUUUGCAGAUUCAUUCGGUGUGGUGCUGGUUCGUGAAAUCAAGCAGUGCGAUGCGU